AUGCCAUUCAACAACCGUGCUCUCCUCGCCAUUGUCGGCUCGGCCUCUGUGGCUGUUGCUGCUUUCAGCCCGCCGUCUGGUUUCCCCUCGUGCGGUACUGUUUGCUUCAACAACAUGGUUGCCAAGGCUUCUGAGCUAGGCUGCUCUACCGAUGCGUACAGCUGCCUGUGCACCAAGAACGACUUCGUCUAUGGUAUUCGCGACUGUUCGUACGAGUCUUGCAACGACGACUCCGCUGCUGCCACGGCCGUCGCCUACGAGGUCUCCAUCUGCGCCAGUGCUGGUGUGACCAUUCCUAUUGCGACUAGCGGCGCCGCCAGCGCGGGUACGGCCACUGGCACGACCACCGGCACGGCCACUGGAAGUGCUGCCGGCUCGACUUCCACUGGAACCGAAGGCGGUUCUGGCAGCUCUGGUUCCACAACAGUUGUUGGCGGUGGCUCAGGUGGCUCGGGCGCUUCGACCUCCGGUGCUGGCUCUGCUGGCUCUGCCACUUCUGGCACUGCUGCUUCCGGCAGCACUACGACCGCAGCCUCUGGCUCUGGUGCUUCCGGCUCUUCCACGACUGCCAUCGGCGGCGCUGGCUCUGGCGCCUCCGGCUCUGGCGCCUCCGGCUCUGGUGCCUCUGGCAGCGGUGCUUCUGCUACUAGCGGUGCUGGUGCUUCUGGAUCUGGUGCCUCUGGCAGCGGUGCUUCUACUACCGGUGGCGCUGGUGCUUCUGGCUCUGGUGCCUCUGGCAGCGGUGCUUCUGCUACUGGCGGUGCUGGUGCUUCUGGCUCUGGUGCUUCUGGCAGCGGUGCCUCUGCUACCAGUGGUGCAGGCGCUUCUGGCUCUGGUGCCUCUGCUACUGGCUCUGGUGCCUCUGCUACUGGCUCUGGUGCUAGUGCUUCUGCUACUGGUGCCGGCGCUGGCUCUGGUGCUUCUGGCUCUGGUAGCGGCGCUUCUGCCACCACUGGUGACAAGACCGACAGCACCACUCUCGCUACCGCCACUAAGAGCAGCUCUGGGACUGGUAGCUCGGCAUCCUCGACUGCUUCCACCUCUACGAGCAAGGGCUUCGCUGCUCACAUGACUGCUGCUCCUGUCGGCCUCAUGGCUGCUGCUGGUGUCGCGGCUCUCCUGCUGUAG